AUGAAAACAAUGAGUGAAGAGCGGAACUAUUCGGACACUGAUGAAGACAUCAAUAUCGAUGACGACGAGGAAACACACAACACAUCCCACUCUAUACAAACAAUGCUUUCAGGAGAUAGUUGUCGGGAUUGUGGCUCAUCCCCAGACAAACCCAAGUCGGCACAACGACCUUCCUUCCUCAUCACAGACAUUCUAUCUGAUUCACGUUACAAUAAAGACAGCAGUCCUGGAUUAACUAGUGUUAUUAGUCCAACUGACCAACGAGUGCCGUCCGUCAGUGGAGAUUCUAUGUACAGUAGCAAGGAAUCAUUAGAUUCGCCUCAAGAAGGAUAUGGAGAUAGAUUAAUAGGUCAUCACGACCAUACAACGUACAGCUCAAAAGUGAAAAAACCAAGAAAAGCAAGGACCGCCUUCACAGACCAUCAAUUAAACAGUUUAGAAAAAAUAUUCGAACGUCAAAAAUAUCUUAGCGUCCAGGACAGAAUGGAGCUCGCGGCAAAACUCAACCUGACUGACACGCAAGUGAAGACCUGGUACCAGAAUAGGAGAACUAAAUGGAAACGACAGACCGCUGUUGGAUUAGAACUUUUAGCCGAGGCUGGGAAUUUCGCCAGUGUUCAGAGGAUGAUGGUGACAAACCCCUAUUGGUCUGGUUACAGCGAACCGGCAGCGCCUUUUAUUCCCAAUGGACUUUAUCUACAACAUACAAACCACUUAUCACAGCCUGUACUACCAACAAGGCCAUUGAUGCCUCCCGUUUUUCUUUAG